AUGGCCGGCGUGCGGCGGAUCAUCGCGUUGAUGCUGGCUGUUAGCAGCGCCGCGCCCACUCCGGCGAGCUGCGACGACUGGGCCGCUUCCGGCGAAUGCGACAGGAACGCUGCCUUCAUGUGGGAGUCGUGUGAGUCCGCGUGCACCAAGCACGGCUUCAAGGACCCGCGCGCUGCAAUCGACGAGAUGGCGCUCGCUGGACCUCCCGCCGGUGGCCAAGUAUUGGAGCUGCGCCUCGCGAGUGGCGCCAACCUCGCGCCCAUACGAAUUGAUCUGCGCCCCGACCUAUCGCCGAUCACCGUGGCUGCAGUGAUCGCUGCGGUCGGCAAGCGUGGCGACGAGGGCACCGCCGCAACAUUUUAUCGCAACGAGGCGGUGCCAACGGCGCCGCCCGGCCAAUGCGGCGAGAUCCUUUGCGGUCCGUACUCGCUUAUUCAGGGAAGGCUGCCCGGCCUCCGCGGCACACCGACCGAGGGCCAAGCCGCCGUGCGCAAGGGCUACGUCGCGCGAAUCCAGGACGGCGACGACUUCUUCAUCGCGCUUGACGCCCAUGCCGAGUGGGGCCACAGCUUCACGAUCUGGGGCGAGCUGCGCGACGCCGCCGGCUUCGAGACGCUCGAGGCGAUCGCAAGGCUGCCGUACCACGAGACCACGGGCGCGGGUGGCACAGUGAUGCGGCUCCUGGACACGGAGCUGCCGACGCGCGGCGCCAUCGUCGCGGCGGCUGCGUCUGCAGAGUCGGCGUUGAACCGCGAGUUGUGA